CAUGACGCUGAACAUGCUAGCCAGCAUCAGAAAGGCCGGAGUCUGCGUCAACACCACCAUCAUGGCGGAGGACGCCGGGGCCUACCAAUAUCUGUGCGAGACGACCAAGGACGACCCAGCAAUCCACAUGGUGUUCAGCAACUUUGGAGAUGCCAGUUCCGGGAAACUGAUGGUAUUCUCCGUGCCCUACAAAAGUUGGUGAACCGGCGCCACUACUACAUCCUGAGUCUGCUGGAGAGGGGCCAAGAAGUCCUCUUUAUCGACGCCGACACCUUCUGGUUCCGCGACCCCUUCGAAUACUUCCACGGCAACUUCGACAUGUCUUUCGUGGACGAGCGGUCCCCGUACCCAAAGAGACUGCCCAAAAGAUCGCUGCACUGUGCCGGCCUCGGGUACUUUCGACCGACGAACAGGACCCUGAGGUUUGUCAGAAAAUGGAUUUCAAUUAUAGCGGAGAAGAAGCGGCCCCCUUCUGAUCAAGGUGUUCUAAAUUACAUGAUGCACAAUGAUAUACCGGAGCAUGUGAAUGUCAGGCCCCUUCCCCUAGCGUUUUUCCCCCACGCGCUGAUCUAUUACAAAGAUAAUUGGAAUAAAAACCAUAAUGGUACGAUUAUAGUUCAUAAUGUGGGACUAAGGGGACACGACGCCAAAAUGAACAAGUUCAAGGCGAACGGCAUGUGGUUGGUGAACGUGACAUAUAACGAGAUAGCGCAGUCAUUCAAUCAGAGUACGCGGCACUGAAAAUGAUAUGUUUUACAAGAGCUCCUCCAAUUUAAAGUGUUGCAGCGAUGGAUUUUUCUCAAAAACAAUUUCUCUGCCACUUCGCAAAGUGCACUUUUUAAAACUGUUAAAAAUAUCCAUGCUUUUCUAGACGACUGAGGGUGCCCUUGCUGUGAUGUCAUCCCGGGGAAGACAUGGGUUUUUCUGUUCAACUUGAUCGGGAAUUGAACUAAAAACAUUUCUGACAAAGGGACUGAAGCUUGCUGAUCACUGUGCACAUAAACAUUAAAUUAGAAGAGAAGAGAAAAUUAAGUCCAGCGAGAUCUACAAAACAUAGGACUUUUUUAAAGUACAAACCUAUAGACCUUUUAACUAAAAGCUUCAUAAUUAUGCUCGUAUGCAUACGAAUAGCCUUGGCGUCAAGAAGCGUGAGCGGGCCAUUGAAAACGUACAGGGGAGCGAUUUUGGUCAUUUUCUCUCAAGUUUUCUGGUUUUGUUCAUUUUUUUCUUCAGAAAUCCCAUUAAAUCGUUUUUUUUCUAUUAGUUUUUAAUCUAAGUGGGAUUUUAGUGCUCCUUUAAAAGACUUUUUAUCGUGAUAUUUUCUGUGUGCACGAGAUUGCCGCAUCUAAGCAGGUCUCCUUUCGUGCUGUUUUAUAGCAAAAACGAUUUAAUGACAUUUUCAGAGAAAAACGUAACAAAGC